UCUCCAUCGACGAAGAGGAGAAUCGAUUGGUCUCCCUGGGUUUCCAUUUUACGGGAACAAACAGAACGUGAAAAGAAAGAGGUUCUAACAGUCAUUUAAGGAGGUUCUCACCAGAGAAGAAUUGGGCAUUUGUUCGUGCACAGUAAACAUUUGCUUGACAAUGCAGCAUGACUUGGACCCUUAAGUUGCAUCUCAGGCCCAGCGUGUUACAUAACCAGCCACUCUGAUAUGUGUGUGCCUCUGUUUCAGAGAGAAUCUUUCUUUAAACGAAGACACCUAUGGAAAUGGCCAGUGUACUUUGUAACAGAGCUAGACUGGUGACGUACCUGCCAGGAUUUUAUUCUUUGGUUAAAAGGGUUGUAAUUCCCAAGACUUUUUCCACAGCAGGAUCCUCUGGCUCAGAUGAGCCUUCUGUUGCUGCUGAACCUCCUGACAUAUGUCCAAGAACUGUGUGGCCAGAUGAAGUAAUGGGACCUUUUGGUCCCCAAGACCAAAGAUUUCAACUACCGGGUAACAUAGGCUUUGAUUGUCACCUAAAUGGUGCAACGUUUCAGAAGACCAUACAAGUUCAUAAAAAAUUACCUGACAUAUUAGUGGAGCCGUUGGCAAGUGAAAGGCAUGAAUUUGUGAUGGCUCAGUACGUCAAUGAAUUCCAGAGCAGUGAUGUUCCUCAUAAACAACAAGAAGUUAGUAAUGCCAAGACCUACUUUGAAACGGCAAGGGUAGAAUGUGCAAUACAAGCAUGCCCGGAACUGUUGCGCAAAGAUUUCGAGACAAUGUUUCCAGAAGUAACUUCCAAUAAUCUUACAGUACUGACAGUAACACAGAAAACGUUAAAUGACAUGACUGCAUGGACUGAAGAGGUAGAAAAUGAGCGCGAUGUUCUGAUAGAAAAUUUUAUCAAUGGUGCCAAGGAAAUUUGCUAUGCUUUGUCUGCUGAAGGCUACUGGGCGGAUUUCAUUGACCCAACUUCAGGAUUGGCAUUUUUUGGCCCUUACACUAACAAUGCCCUUUUUGAAACGGAUGAACGCUAUCGCCAUUUAGGAUUCUCUGUGGAAGACCUUGGUUGCUGUAAAGUUAUUCGUCAUAAUCUCUGGGGAACGCACGUGGUAGUAGGAAGCAUUUUCACCAAUGCUACUCCUGACAGUCCUAUCAUGAAGAAACUGCGUGGCAAUUAACUACAUCUUCUUACUUGGUCAAUAAACACUGUUGGGACGUAUCAAA